AUGGAUAUCGCUCUAUACCAUGCCGUCGGAUCCCUCACCCUAGUCUCCAGUCCUCCGACAUACGUUCCCACGGACAAAACCCCGACCUCAACCCUCGGACUCUCAGAAUCAAACCCACUUCCUCUACUCACGCCCAUAAAGCUCCUCACAGGCACGCGUCUCUGGAUCUCCUCACACGGCCGUAUCCUCGAGCUCUUCCCUACGGCGCCACUACUCCCCGUCUUCCGAAACGGCUGGAACAAGCUCCCUACCGAGCUCAAGGUGCGCGUCCUCGCAUGCAAUCUCACCAUGUCUGCACCGGUGUCUGCGCCGGUGUCCACGCCGAUCGGAAUGACUCCCUCUGGCAACAUGUGCACCGCGCUGUUGCACCACCUGCGGGCGACGCCUGAGAUGGCGCGGUUGGGAAAGGAAGUCUUCUACAAGACGAAUACGUUCAAGCUCCAGCCGAGCUGCAGCACUCUCUAUCCCAUCAUUAACCCACAAUAUCAGCCUACGCCACUAGGCACUAGGUACCUCGCGUAUCCUAACCGCACGGUGCAGGGGCUGAUCCGUCGCAUUGAAUUCGAAUUCGUCUUGGGAGACCCCGCGGAGUGGCGCCACCUCGUCAGGUUUGCACGCGGAAAUUACGGCUUCCGGGCGCUUCGGUACGUUACUGUUGUGGGUGAGUGGGGCCGCAGUUUCCUGCCCGCGUUGCGCAGCGUGCAGGGGUGUGUUGAUGUUAUGGCGGGACAGAUGCAUGGUUGUGCUAGGUUCUCUUGCGAUGGGGAAGUUGUGUUCAGGGCGAGGGUUAGUGACAUUUUUCGUGUUACUCUUGGGGCUGAGAUCGAGGUCAAUGAGAGGUUGGAGGGGUUGGUGAAGGGCAAGAUCUUGUUUAAGCAAGCAUCAGGUAGGAGAGAUUAG